AUGGACGAGGCGGGCCGUGGAAGCACGCGGCCGACCCCGCUCUUGGACAACAAGGGACAGGAGACGACGGUUCCGCCGCAUUUAGGCGACGGCCCGGCUAUCUCGGCGGUCAUGUUCACCGCCGGCGUGCUGGGCAACCUGACGGCGCUGGUGCUGCUGGUGCUGGCGCGGCGCCGUCGGCUAGCGCGGCGGGAGCGCCUAGCUCCUUUCCACGUGCUGCUGAUGGCGCUGGUGUUGACCGACCUGCUGGGCACUUGCCUGCUCAGCCCGGUGGUGCUGGCGGCUUACGGGCGCGGACAACACAGACCGAUGCGGCUGGACGGGCGCGACUGCCACUACUUCGCCUUCGCCAUGAGUUUCUUCGGCCUGACUACCAUGAGCUGCCUGGGCGCCAUGGCGCUGGAGCGCAGCCUGGCCAUGGCCGCGCCGUACCUAUACGAGCGGCUGCUGAGCGGGCGGCCCCUGGCGCUGCUGCUGGGAGCCCUGGCCGGCCUCUACGGCCUGGCCGCCGCCUUCUGCGCCCUGCCGCUGAUGGGUUUCGGCAGCUACAAGAACUAUUGGCCGGGCUCGUGGUGCUUCAUCGAGAUGUCCUCCAAUGGCAGAACCAAGGCCUUUGCGUUGCUCUACGCUUCGGUGCUGCUGCUGCUCAUCCUGGCCGUCCUGCUGGGCAACCUGGUGGUCAUGGUCAGCCUCUGCCGCAUGUACCUCAGGCGCGCGCACACCCGGCUGCCCGCCGCCUGCCGUUGCCCCACGCUGGGCGCUCAGCUGCGCGCCUGCCGCCAGCCGGAGUCUCGCGGGGAGCGCGCGCAGGGUGCCAGGAGGGCCUUCUCCAUGUCCGAGGAGGUGGAUCACCUCAUCCUGCUGUCCAUCAUGACCAUCAUCUUCGCCGUCUGCUCCCUGCCUUUUACGUGUGAUGAAAACCUGCUGAGAAUUACACUCGGAGGGUGA